AUUUAACAUCCGAUACAUGAAAGUUUACAUCCUGUAUUGAAGAAACGUGUCCAUGGCGGAAAGUAAAGAUUUAAGUUUUAACAUCGUUGUGAUAGCCGGAGAGAUUGCUACGGGAAAGUCAGUUUUUAUUCACAGAUUCGCCACCAGCACCUACAAGUUAUUAGGUCAUACUGUAGGUUGUGGUUAUUAUGAAAAGUCUAUAUCUCUAGAUAAAACUAUAGUGCAACUUAACAUAUGGGAUACAAACAGCUUAGGGGGAACCCGGUCAUUGUUGCCAGUAUAUUUGGAUGGUACCGAGGGCAUUAUAUUGACCUAUGAUAUUCAAAGCCAAAAAUCUUUCCUGAGAGCAUCUGAGAUGAUCCCAAUUAUCAAUCAAAAUUGUGAUAAAAAAGUAAACAGAGUUUUUGUAGGGUUAAAAUGUGAUCUCAGACAUAAUCGAGCGGUUCUAAAGGAAGAUGCUCAAGAGUUUGCAAACAAACAUAAAAUGAAAUAUGUGGAAGCCAGUGCACUUACAGGAGAAAACGUUGAAGACGUGUAUUAUUCCUUAGCCGAAGAUAUAAAAAGAAGACAGGAACAAGAGAUGGAAUCCAAAUCAAGAGAUCGGGCAAGGAAAGCAAAAACAAAACCAAGACUAAAGCGAGUAAAGCAAAGAAAGCAACAAAAUUUAACCCGAAGUCCAAACAUACCAGUGACAGAAAACCAGCAAACAUUCAAGGAAGUACAUGAAAAAUUGGAGUUGCUGGGGCUAGAAACAACUGAGGAUUUACAAGAGAUAAUGAAGCUUGGAACAUAUCGUUGCUAUGGGAACAGAAUAUUUCUCGUUGGGCAGUUUUCUGUAGGGAAGACUACGCUAGCUAAGGUCCUUAUAGGCGAGGAACUGCCAACACAUCGAGGGGCUACGGAUGGUAUAUGGAUUCACAUAGGGAAGGCUGGAAUGAAUCUGGAAGACAAGAAAUGGCUGACCUUGCCCCAAGGCAGUUCUAAUCUGGACAUUAUUGCCGGGAUGCUCAUUUCAUUACAAAAGCAAGAUAAGGAAGGUAUACAAGCUGAAGAACAAUGUUCAUAUUCAGUUGAGUCCUAUGAACAACCUGAUGUAAGCAAGGCAGAAAAAGAAAUGCAUGAUGCUACCGAUAAACCGAAAGAAGUUAAAACAACACAACCGUCGUCAGACAUUUCCGUGACGGACGAGAUACAUGCAAAAGUAUCUGUUCCACCGAAAUCUGUAGAAACGACAACAUAUGACCAGCCGAACGAACAACUAUUACUUCGGAGCCUAUUAUCCAGCAAUGUUCCGCAAUGGAAAUUGAAAAAUCUUAUCUUUCAGGCAAUUAAAGAAGGAAAGUACAAGCAGAAUCUAGUCUUCUUUGAUAUCUGGGAUUUUGGUGGUCAAAAGGAAUUCUACAUGACUCAUCAGCUAUUCAUUACAAGUCGUGGGAUAUUUGUGUUGAUGUUUAAUGCUUGUCAUAGCCUUCGCUUGGAAACUGAUUCCUCAAUAGCCAGCCACCAUGAGACAUCGGCAGCAGUUUACUUAGUACACUGGGUGAAUUCAAUCCUGACCUACUGCAAAAAGAUUAGGUACGGAUUUCCACGAAUCUUGUUGGUUGCAACGCAUAAAGAUAGAAUUCAAAAGGACAAAAUAGAAUCAUGCCGGGAGAAGUUAACUGAAUCACUGGAUCAAUUAUUCAAAUCCCAUGCAGGUCUUGCUCACUUGGAAUACAAGCCUCUGAUUUUCAUUAAUGCUACAGAUAUCAACGAUCCAGAAAUAGAUCUUCUGCGUCAACGUCUAAUAGACCGUGCUUCUGAUCAUCCAAGAUGGGGUGAAGAAAUGCCAACCGCAUGGGUUCCAUUGGAGUUACAGAUAGCUGAACAAGUGGAGCUUGGUAAAAACAUUAUCUCUAUACAGCAGUUACAUGAGCUCAACUCCAAAAAUGAAUCAAUGGUGUUAUCAGAGAAGCAACUUAACACAUUCCUGAAAGUUCAACAUUCACGUGGAAAGUUGCUUUUCUUUGAUGAGAUCAACCUUCGUGAUUAUAUCAUCAUUAAUCCUGUUUUCCUAAUCGAAGUUCUGAGAUCAAUUAUUACAGACAAACAAUUUUGGCCAAAAGAGGAAACAUUGGUAAAGAUUUUCCGGUCUUUGCAGGACACUGGUAGAAUAGAAAGAAUUGACUUGAUUGUCUUAUGGAACCAAGAAGCAUUUAAACAUAUAGUACCGUAUAAAGACUUUAUGAUCAACAUUUUGGUGUACCUGGACAUUCUUGUUCCUCCACAAAAUCCAACUCAAGAUGAAAAUCUUGCAGCAGGAGAUGAAUACCAUUUCUUCGUACCUUGUAUGAUAAGAAAGCAUGAUAACACAAACUAUAUGACAAGUAGAUGCAGCUCCAAAAAUUCUAUCAUCAUGGCGUACAGAUUUGUUGAAGAGGUGAUUCCUCCUGCACUGAUCUACCGUUUUCUUGCCUCGAUGGUUACUAUGUGGGAAAUAAAAACCUAUAAGGGGUCAAACAUGGCAUUUUCCAAUCUAGUAGUUGUUGAGGUUGAUGAGAACCAUGAUGUAGCAGUACAUGUUAAAGGCAGAAGGAUUGUUUUGCUCAUCCACACUGAAGAUGUUGCACAUAUCGUACCAACGUUAGCUUCUUCUGUUCAAGAAUGUCUUACGGCUGCUGUGCAUCGGAUUUCUGAGUUUUAUUCAUUGCUGUCAGAAGAUGGAGAUCAAAAUGCAAAAUACUCCACGCCAUUUGAAAUAGAUUUCGGAGUAAUCUGUGAGGGUCUAUUCCGCAAAUCCGUCUGUUUUUUUCCACAUAGGGAUAUGCCAACUACAGGAAGACGAACAUGGGUAUGUCCACAUGGUACAUCCCAUGAUGUGCAGAACCUUUCCAUGUGGUUUGCUGAAAAGGUUUCUUGUGAAAGAUGUGAAGACAACUGUGGAGGACUUGGAAGGCUCGAAUUGGAGCAAUGUCCUCUUGAUAAACAUAUAAUAAGACUUGUUGCGGAAAUAGAACCAUACAAAUGUAGAGAUGUUGUUGUAAACCUUGGAGUUACAGUUAAUACAUGGGAAAAUCUCGAAUAUCAGUUCCAGCAUCAAAACCCAAAUGAUCUGAAAUUCAUUGCUGUUCUCAAAUGGAAGGAGGGAAACAAAGAUGCAUCAUUUUCACAGCUACAAGAGGCACUUGAAAAUUGUAACAUCAAUAAACACAUACUAUGUCAGAUUUUGAGAGACAGUGAUCCUAAUUCUGGUAUUACCAAGCACUGUUUAGAGAAGACACCAUCAAAGUCAGUGCUGAAAUAUAUAUCUAACCAUAUUGGAGACAGCUCGUUACAGCUUGGUAUAGAACUGGGCCUUGGUAUCUCAGAAAUACAACAUAUCCAACAUCAAUUUAAAGACAAAUUACUGGAUCAAACAAGAGAAAUUUUGCGACGUUGGAAACAGAAUCAGUCACAACCAACAGUUGACAAUUUAGUCAAAGCUUUGUUUAGAAUUGGGAAAGCAAAUUGUCUGAAAGGUGUUCAGUUUUGAUUUGAAUGAAAUGUUCCAGAAUAUUAAUUGAUCCUGUUUGAUAAUUCUUUUAAAUGACACGUUUUAAUUUCCUGAGGGUAUCACAAGCCCCAGUAGUCGGCACUUCUGUGGUGACAUGAAUUAUCAUUGAUAUGGUCAUACUUAUAAAUUAACUGUUUACAAAAUUUGAAUUUUUGAAAUACUAAGGUUUUUUACCUCAGGAAUAGAUUACCUUAGCUGUAUUUGGCAAAACUUUUAGGAAUUUUGGUCCUCAAUGCUCUUCAGCUAAUAACUUUAUUUAGUCUUUUUACCUUUUUGGAUUCGAGCGUCACUGAUGAGUCUUUUGUAGACGAACGCUUGUCUGGCAUAAAUGCAAAAUGUAAUCCUGGUAUAUAUGUGGAGUUUUUUUUUAAUAGAGCUGUGUUGGUCUGAUAUAUAACUCCGAUUAUCAACUUU